AUGACCGCCGUCAGUUCUGUUGCCGAUGUCGAUGCCUGGAUCGCCCAGCUUUCAGAGUGUAAGCAAUUACCUGAAGCCGAUAUCAAAAAGCUAUGCGACAAGGCACGCGAGAUUCUUCUUCAAGAAAACAACGUUCAACCGGUCCGCUGUCCCGUCACCGUGUGUGGUGAUAUCCACGGCCAGUUCCAUGAUUUGCAAGAGCUUUUCCGCAUUGGAGGCAAUUCACCCGACACCAACUAUCUUUUCAUGGGCGAUUAUGUGGAUCGUGGUUAUUAUUCUGUUGAGACUGUGACCUUGCUUGUGGCUCUUAAGGUGCGAUACAAGGAUCGUGUUACCAUUCUUCGAGGCAAUCACGAAUCUCGCCAAAUCACUCAAGUCUAUGGUUUUUAUGAUGAAUGUUUGCGAAAAUAUGGCAAUGCCAAUGUUUGGAAGAUGUUUACCGACCUUUUUGAUUAUCUUCCCCUGACUGCACUCAUUGAGGACCAGAUCUUUUGCUUGCACGGUGGUUUGUCUCCAUCAAUUGAUACCCUUGAUCAAGUCCGUACAUUGGAUCGUAUUCAGGAGGUGCCACAUGAAGGCCCAAUGUGUGAUUUGUUGUGGUCUGAUCCUGAUGAUCGAUGCGGUUGGGGCAUUUCACCCCGUGGUGCUGGUUACACUUUUGGUCAAGAUAUUUCGGAAACCUUCAAUCACAACAAUGGUCUUACCUUGGUCGCUCGAGCACAUCAAUUGGUCAUGGAGGGCUAUAACUGGUGCCAUGAUCGUAACGUGGUGACCAUCUUUAGUGCACCAAAUUACUGCUACCGCUGUGGUAAUCAAGCUGCUAUUAUGGAAAUCGAUGAGCAUCUCAAAUACUCCUUCCUUCAAUUUGAUCCUGCACCUAGAAAGGGUGAACCUCAUGUCAGUCGUCGCACUCCCGAUUACUUUUUGUAA